UUGGGUAUUAAAAUAGUAAUUUCAAUUGAAAUUAGGGAAGAGAUGGAAUUUGUGGGUUAACAAGGAAAUUGCUUAAUUUAAUCCUUUGUGAGAGUCCGCAAAAUCAUUCUCCCUUUCGGAAUACACGGAAAUAUAAUAUAAUUAAAAAUUUGCACAAAAUCAAAACACACAGAACAGAACACAGCACAAACCACAAUAAUGGCUCCUUCUCUGCGCCAGCGCGCCGUCAAGCCACGAUCGCCAAGGUUCUUCAAGGUCAUCCUCAACCAUCGGGCCGAAAGGCUUAGAAUCCCGAAAGCGUUCGCCGCGAAAUUCGGGUCCUCCCUUCCCAAUCCCGUCUUUAUCCGGGCCCCAGGCGGCCCGGAAUUCCGCGUCGAGCUGAUUAUAUCGAACGGCGAGUUAUGGCUGGGAAAAGGCUGGCCCGAAUUCAGAAAACACUACUCGAUCGAAUUCGGGCAUUUUCUGACUUUCAAAUUCCACCAAAAGUCGAAAUUUCUAGUCCUCGUGUUCGAUAAAACCGCCCCUGAAAUCGACUAUCCGUUGCACAACAGCCGGUUGUCCAAAUCUGAGUCGGACGGUGAUGAUAAUGAUGAUGAUUUGGAUGAUCCAACGGCCGAGAGACUUUCUCGGACCAUGAAGAAAGAUGGAGAAAAAAUUCUCCUUGAUAAAGAGAGGAGCUCGGCUUAUCGACGAGCAAUGGCUUUCGUGUCCGACAAUCCAAUCCAAAACGACCAUUUCGUGACGUUAAUGUAUCGUUCUUACGUACGGACCAGUUCUUAUUUGGCUGUGCCGCUAAUUAUCGUGAAGAAUAACUUGCCGAAGCAAAAGGAUAACGAGAUAAAGCUUCGGUGUGUGGACGGGAGCAUGUGGGCUGUUAAGUGCAUCAUGACUCCAACGAUUGCGAGGAUUGGUGUGGGUUGGAAUCGGUUUGUUAAGGAUAAUGGUCUUAAGUUGGGCGACUCGGUUGUGUUUGAAGUGAGCAAGAACAGCAAGCUCGUGUGGAACGUCUACAUUUUCAAGAGUUGAAGAGGUUUGAGGUGUUUCGUAAGUUAGUUAGUUAGUUAUUUGAAUAAAUAAUCUCAAUUUUUGUGUUGUGCAUGGAUAUGUGAGAACUUAUGAUCUAGAAUUUUGUUGUGUUCUAUGAAGAGAGAAUGUUAUAAUUUGACUUUGUUAAUUUGUGUGUCCAACAUGUGAUGAGCUUAUGAUAAAAACUAAUAGUAAUUGAUUCAGAAUGUUGACUUCUCAUUAUUAGUGACAAUACAGAGUUAAUUUUAUCAUCAUUAAUUCUCAAGAACCUAACUCAAUUUUGCAAAUUUGGAUAUUUUCAUUAAAAGUUACCAUACAUUAAGAAAUGAUAUAAACACAAUUAUGAUAUUUGAUAAUAUAAAUAUAUGUAUUUGGUCACACCGCUUAAUGUUUUUGCCGGCUUUGCACAAAAUUUUGAAAACGGAAAUUUGUGAAAGGAAAUUGCUGGCUAAAUGAAGAUUUGUGCUGUUUUAAUUUGUGUAAUCCUCUGAAUUAGAUGAUGAUGCCUUAGCUUGCGUUGUCUGAAGUCUCCUAUUUUCUCUAUUUUUUGAUACAUGUUUGGAAUCAUAAUAAGUAGUAAUAGUUUUUAGCAUUUCUGAGUAGUUGAAGUGAAGUGAAGUGAAGUUUAUUUGUCAUCAAAGCUUAAUUAAUGAACCAAUCUCUAUCUAUUAAUGGCAUUGAGGAGGAAAGCGUAAUGGUCAAGUGUAUUAGUCCUCGAUCAAUUUUAGUACUUUCAGUUACUUCACAAUCAUAUCCCUUACCGUUACUUUCACAAAUAAUCAUAUAUAUACAGUACAUACAUUUGCAUUCUUCUCCAUGCUAUUCCCAAAAUAAUAAUAACUAUAAUAAUAAUUUAAAAAAUCCGCUUAUCCGGCAAGUGACCAUGAAUUCCGGCUGCCGGCAAGACCUCCCGGUGGCACCACUCAAGUUCUUCAAGAUUAUUUUGGACCCUAAAGCUAACUGUCUAAGAAUCCCACCCGAGUUUACGAAAAGAUAUGGACACAAUCUGCCUAACCGUGUCUUUCUAAAAGUCCCAACCGGACAAAAAACGCAAGUCCAAUUGGUUCGGUGUGACAAAGAUAACACUGUCAUGCUACAAAAAGGAUGGCAAGAAUUUAAGGAUCUUUACUCAGUCGGAUUCGGACAUUUACUAGUUUUUGUUUACAAUGGAGAUUCCGAGUUUAAUGUUUUUAUAUUUGAUGUGAGUGCCGUUGAGAUUGAUUACCCGUUAUUCGACAAAGAAGUUACGGAAUCAGGUAAUGAUUCCGAUUAUGUUGUGGUGUUGGAAGACUAUUAUUCCGCGAGCAAGAAAAGAAAAGGUAAAGCCAAAAGCCACGAAAACGCUAAUAAGGGACACUCGUCGAGUUGCGAUAAUAAUGUGAUUGAAAUUUCGGAGGAUUAUCAUGUCAAGAAAUCGCUUAGGAGAAAACGGGAUAUUUCGUCUCAUUUGAAGAAGGAAUCAAGAUCCGAGCUUGAUGUCGACGGAAGGGAAACGUGCGACGCCUAUCAAAAAGCAAAGGAUUUCGUGUCCAAUCACAUGACUUCAAACAACCCCAACGGGAAAGAAUGGACGUUGAGAUGCCACGUAGGCGACCGACAAGCUCAGCUGACGACCGGAUGGAAGAGUUUCGUGAAUGAAAACGGGAUUAAAGUCGGUGAUGUGUGCGUAUUUGAAGUGAUGAAGAAUAGUAAAGGCCACGAGCUCGUGUGGAAUGUCCCACCGUCGAGAUUUUUCAAGAUAAUAUUGGACCCUCAAGCAGACAAUCUAAGAAUCCCACCUGAGUUUAUGAAAAGAUACGGACACAAUCUGCCAAGCCGUGUUUUUCUCAAAAUUCCAAAUGGGCCAUCAAUGGAGGCAGAAUUGGUUCAAUGUAAAAGUGGCAAGACUUGGCUGAAAAAAGGAUGGCUAGAAUUUAAACAACUUUGCUCGAUCGGCUUUGGAUAUUUCCUAGUCUUUGAGUACGAUAAAAAAUCUCAGUUUAAUGUCCUAAUAUUCAACAUGAGUGCUGUCGAGAUAAACUACCCGGUAUUAGAAGAUAAUGUGAUGAAAUCAGAUAAUGGAAAUCAAGAAAACUCUCGAAAUUUGUCAUCUUGCUGCUUUCAACGCAAAAAACCGAGUUGCCGAGUGAAGCUUGAGGAAUCUUCUAAUGAAAAAUGCAGCGACAUGAACUCGGCCUAUCAAAAAGCAGCAGCUUUUAGCACGCGUCUGAAGAACCCUUUCCACAUUAGUGUCAUGAAGCAUUCUGCUGUUGGUAAAGGAUUCAGUUUGAGUUUGCCUCUAUCGUUUGCUAGACAGAAUCUGCCUCGUGAAGAUGCUAAUUUGGUUAUUAUGGCAAGUGAAGGGAAAAAAUGGCCUGUAAAGUGCCUCAUGAGAAAUAGCCGCGCUAGUCUAUCGGCUGGUUGGGUAGGUUUUGUUAAGGGCAAUGGGCUUAAACUCGGUGAUGCUUGUGUAUUCGAAGUUGCUAGCCACGGGCAUUUCUUAGUCUUUGAAUACGAUUGGAAAUCGGAGUUUAAUAAUGUCUUGAUAUUCGAUACGAGUGCUGUUAUGAAUCGUUACUUGGAAGGACCCACAUUCGAAUUGACCAUGAAUUCCGGCUACCGGCAAGACCUCCCGAUGGCGCAACUCAAGUUCUUCAAGAUUAUUUUGGACCCUAAAGCUAAUUGUCUAAGAAUCCCACAUGAGUUUACGAAAAAUUACGGACACAAUCUUCCUAACCAUGUCUUUCUAAAAGUCCCAACCGGACAAAAAACGCAAGUACAAUUGGUUCGGUGUGACAAAGAUAACACUGUUGUGCUACAAAAAGGAUGGCAAGAAUUUAAGGAUCUUUACUCACUCGGAUUCGGACAUUUAUUAGUUUUUGUUUACAAUGGUGAAUCCGAGUUUAAUGUUUUUAUAUUUGAUGUGAGUGCCGUUGAGAUUGAUUACCCGUUAUUCGAUAAAGAAGUUACGGAAUCAGAUAAUGAUUCCGAUUAUGUUGUGGUGUUGGAAGACUAUUAUUCGGCGAGCAAGAAAAGAAAAGGUAAAGCCAAAAGCCAAGAAAACGCUAAUAAGGGACACUCGUCGAGUUUUGAUGAUGUGAUUGAAAUUUCGGACGAUUAUCCUCGCACGAAAUCGCUUAGGAGAAAACGGGAUAUUUCGUCUCGUUUGAAGAAGGAAUCAAGAUCCGAGCUUGAUGUCGACGGAAGGGAAACGCGCGACGCCUAUGAAAAAGCAAAAGAUUUCGUGUCGAGUCACAUGACUUCAAACAACCCAUUUUUCAUUUCUGUCAUGCACAAAUCCUAUGUUCUUGAAAGAUACAAUUUGGCUGUGCCAUAUGCAUUUGCUAGGCGAAAUUUACCGCGUGUGGGAAGUAACUCGAUAGUUAUGCUUACCAACGGGAAAGAAUGGAAUUUGAGAUGCCACGUAGGAGACCGACGAGCUCAGCUGACGACCGGAUGGAAGAGUUUCGUUAAGGAAAACGGGAUUAAAGUCGGUGAUGUGUGCGUAUUUGAAGUGAUGAAGAAUAGUAAAGGCAACGAGCUCGCAAAUAUGCUAGAAGAUGUCCGGCAGCCGCCAUCGAGGUUUUUCAAGAUAAUAUUGGACCCUCAAGCAGACAAUCUAAGAAUCCCACCAGAGUUUAUGAAAAGAUACGGACACAAUCUGCCGAGCCAUGUUUUUCUCAAGGCUCCAAAUGGGCUAUCAAUGGAGGCAGAAUUGUUUAAGUGUAAAAGUGGCAUGACUUGGUUAAAGAAAGGAUGGCUAGAAUUCAAACAACUUUGCUCGAUAGGCUUCGGAUAUUUCCUAGUCUUUGAGUACGAUAAAAAAUCUCAGUUUAGUGUCCUAAUAUUUGAUAUGAGGGCUGUCGAGAUAAACUACCCUGUAUUAGAAGAUAAUGUGAUGGAAUCAGAUGAUCAAAAUCAACGAAAACCGAGUUGCCGGGUGAAGCUUGAGAAAUCUUCUUAUGAAAAAUGCAGCGAAAUGAACUCGGCCUAUCAAAAAGCAGUGGCUUUUAGAAAGUUUCUCAAGAACCCUUUCCACAUUAGUGUCAUGAAGCCUUCUGCUGUCGAUCGAGGAUUUAUUUUGCAUUUGCCUCUGCCUUUUGCUAGAAAAAAUCUGCCUCAUGAAGAUGCUAAUUUGGUUAUUAUGGCAAUGGAAGGGAAAAAAUGGCCUGUAAAGUGCCUCAUGAGAAAAGGCGACGCUUUUCUAUCCGCAGGGUGGGUAAGUUUUGUUAAGGGCAAUGGGCUUAAACUCGGUGAUGUUUGUGUAUUCGAAGUUGCUAAUAAAGGUGAUAAUAAGCCUGUGUGGAAU